AUGGCAGACAAAAAAUUACCGGACCUCAAAGGAUACGUAUGUCUUGUGACGGGUGCCAGUCGUGGCAUCGGCCGGGGAAUCGCACUUGCUUUAGGUGGAUGCGGUGCCACUGUGUAUAUCACUGGCCGAACUCUCAAGCCCAAGGAAGAUACCAAGGAGGGCGAUGUGGGAGGAAGUUUGGAGGAGACAGCUGCAGAUAUUAAAUCGCGUGGUGGGGUAUGGUUUUUCCCCAAAUUCUCUAACCUUGUGUUUUUAUUUUAUUUUCACUGUUUGUUUGUUUCCUCUUCAUCGUCUUUGUCACCUUUGUUUUCUAUGAUGCUAAAAAAUAAUAAUGCGUGUGGUUUUGGCUCAGUAGAAUGUGCGAUAUUACGGGGUGCCAUUACGUUUGCUGCUGCUACGCCAAGGACCUCAGCACGACUUAUAUUUUACCCUGAAAGCGUGUGA